AUGGUAUUUCACCCAUUCGAAGUCUCCGCCGCCCACUUGGCGUACACCUUUCUGGGAGGGUUCGUCGUGAUAUUUGGUAUGCUGUCCCUCUUCUUGAAGGAGAAACUUUAUAUCGGUGAAGCACCCAUUGCGACUGUUCUGGGCAUCAUCAUUGGUCCACAUUGUCUCGGAUUAUUCGAUCCUGCAGGAUGGGCAGGUCAGAAGGAUGAGAUAACGGAUGAGAUCACAUUGGAGGUGACAAGGGUGGUCAUCGCUAUAUCUGUAUUUGCAGUCGGAGUUGAAUUGCCAAAAGCUUACAUGAAGAGACAUUGGAGAUCCCUGUUCUUCCUACUAGGACCAUGCAUGUUAUGGGGAUGGAUGAUCUCGGCACUCCUUAUGUGGGGUCUGAUCCCAGGUCUCCACUUCCUCGGUGCAUUGGUCAUAGCAGCAGGAGUAACGCCUACCGAUCCUAUCUUGGCCCAAGCGGUUGUUGGUGGAAAGUUCGCCGACAAACAUGUUCCUACCCAUAUUCGACACCUCCUCUCAGCCGAAUCUGGUAGUAACGAUGGAGCUGCUUUCCCAUUCUUAUACAUCGCCCUAUACUUAAUGCUCGACAAGAGUCCCGGACACGCCGUUGGAGAAUGGUUUUACAUGACUUGGUUGUACACAAUCGUCCUUGGUAUCACAAUUGGUGUACUUCUUGGUUUCAGUGCUCGAAAGUUCAUGAAAUUUGCAGAAAGAAAAAGAUUGGUUGAUAGACAGUCUUAUGUGGCCCAAUAUGUCAGUCUGGCUGUUUUGUCAAUGGGUUGUACCGUACUUCUAGGUAGUGAUGAUCUAUUAUGCGCCUUCGCAUGUGGUUGUGCUUUCGCUUGGGACGGAUACUUUAAUAAAGCCACAGAAGAUGCUGUCUUCUCGAAUGUUAUUGAUCUGCUCUUCAACUGUGCUGCAUUCAUCUAUAUUGGAGCUAUUAUCCCAUUUGGCGAAUGGAAUACUCCGGACCUCCGUGUAUGGCGUCUCGUUGUCCUUGCUAUUCUGAUAUUGAUGAUUCGUCGCCUGCCAGCCAUUGUCGGCCUCUACAAGUUCAUCCCAGACAUCAAAACUUUCAGAGAAGCUAUUUUCACAGGAUGGUUCGGUCCCAUGGGUGUCGGAGCUAUUUUCAUUUCAACCUUGGCUAGAACGAGUAUACCUGAGGGUGAUAUUGAGAAGGAUACCGCCCAAGUAGAACGUGUGCGCGAAGUCAUCGGUCCUAUUACAGCGUUCCUGGUUCUCUCUUCAAUUGUCACCCACGGUCUUUCCAUUCCCUUUUUCUCGCUGGGUCGACGAGUGCAUUCGAUCACCUACACCCGAUCUCGUGGUCUUUCGAUGGAUCAGCGGGGCGACGAGCCGGCAUGGACUACGCACGCUCGACGUAUCUUACCAGGGCAGCAAAUCACCAUCAAUCGUGAUGACGAUCCCGAAGAAGGUGAUAUGGGAGUGAGGCGGAGAGAUACCCAUCAUGAUGGAUUCAAUGGGGAGAAGCUUGAGUCACAAGAUAGCGGUGGCAGCUCAAGCUCAAGAACUGUUCUUCACGGAGAAGAUAUCGAGAUGCGGGAGCAGUAUCAGGGUAAAUUAGAGCCACAGCAGGAAGAACCACAUGAAGGCGAGGCCGCAGAGCUGGGUCGAAGGCAUUCGACAGAUAGUAGAGCCUCUGGGACCAGACGCACGGACGACGAGCAGGAAGAUGAAGAGGCUCGAGGAGACAAAGAGAUAGAUGACAAGGCAGGAGAGAGGACACCUCCUCUUGCUGAAUACCGUGAAGGCCACCAUCUUGUGAUUGAAAGAAAGAAAAAGGGUAGUGAGGAGGUCGAAGUCGAGGUCAUCCGUAAUCACUUCAGUGACGAUAAGCCUAGCGAAAAGGAUACUUUCGUCCAUCCUCAUCGACUCAAGUCCAAGGAAUUGGACAAGAUGCUCCAUAUGCUGCCGAAAUCGCUCGAACACGCUACAUCUCACGUUCGGGAUGAAGGUAAAGAAGCGGUGGAUCGACUUGGUCUCGGUCUUAUGCGAGGCCCAAGCACGCCUAGUGUACUGGAAAGUGAUAAUCACCUCGAGCAAUCGAUUUCGGCUCAAAGCAAUCAAGCUCAAGAGAAUGAUAACGAGGAAGCUGUAUCUGACACCGAAGAGGGCCCACCUGCUGGAAACUACCAAUCGUACAACAAGAUACCAGCGAUCAACGUUCAUAGUGGAAGCGGAAGUGAGAGCAAGAGCAAACGAAAAUCCAUCGCAGCCAGGCUCUUCGGUAGGAAGUCCAAUGAUAGCGAAAACAUCCCAUCAAAAGCAGAAGAAGGUCUGGCUCAUCCCAAUCCAACUUUACUUGUCCCGCCAUCGAAAUCAGAUAUCUCUAGACCGGUUCCGAUAGUGAGCUCCCCUGAACCGAUUGACGAAGGGUCGCGCAGUGGAUCGUUUGGGAUACCCUUGACAAGAACUAUAUCGGCGUCAAGAAGUCCCGCUAUCCGCUUCGCACCUGACGUUGAACCUUCGUCCGAGACUGCUCCGACGAUCAAUAAUUACGGUGCCAACGCCCCAGGCUUCAAGAAGAACCCUAAUCUUGCGAUGUUCAGAUCUGCUUCAAUACAAUCAACGGGAUCCAACAAAGGUGGUGAAGGUCCGAGUGUGUCAUUCGUGGAACCGGAGAAGAAGCGGUAA